UGUUAUUAAAAAUGUAUACUUUAUUGGUACCUAUCAAUUAUUAUAAAUUAUAAAUAUUCAUUAUUAUUCAUAACUUACAACUUUUAAGUAUAAACUUCGUUGACUUUCGGCGAUCGGUUUUGGUCGUUUGUGUUAUCAAAUUAUCUGUUUGUCGUGUGUAUCGCUUCUCAAAAAUGUCUGAUAUCCAAAUGGACUGUGCUCUUGAUCUUAUGCGGCGUUUACCGCCUCAAAAAAUUGAAAAGCACUUGAGUGAUCUCAUCGACCUAGUUCCGAGUUUGUGCGAAGAUCUAUUGUCUUCUGUCGAUCAGCCGUUAAAAAUCAUACGAGACAAACAAGUUGGCAAAGAUUUUUUACUCUGUGAUUAUAAUAGAGAUGGGGAUUCAUACAGAUCACCCUGGAGUAAUACAUAUUUUCCACCGCUGGACGAUGGUGCUGUCCCAACUGAAAAGUUGCGCAAGCUCGAAAUAGACGCUAAUAUGGCUUUUGAUCAAUAUAGAGAAAUGUAUUUUGAAGGUGGUGUAUCUUCUGUUUACCUAUGGGAUUUAGACCAAGGUUUUGCUGGUGUUAUAUUGAUCAAAAAGGUAGGAGAUGGAUCGAAGAAGGUUCGUGGUACUUGGGAUUCUAUACAUGUAGUGGAAGUCCAAGAAAAAAAUACUGGUCGUAACGCACAUUAUAAACUCACAUCAACAGUUAUGCUGUGGCUGCAAACUAAUAAAGCUGUGUCGGGUAGUAUGAGCCUGGCAGGCAGUUUGACCAGGCAAACAGAAAUGGACAGUCCGGUGUCAGAUUCAUCACCACAUAUAGCUAAUAUUGGGCGUAUGGUUGAGGAUAUGGAAAAUAAAAUGCGUAAUACUCUGAACGAAGUAUAUUUUGGAAAAACUUGUGACAUUAUGAAUGGCUUACGAAGUGUAGUGCCAUUGAAUGCCGACGAUGAAAAUAAAGAAGCAUUGAGACAAGACUUAACUGCUGCCUUACAGAAACGACAUACCAAGUCUGAUGCAAAAGAUCCCACUAAUCCAACUAGUAAUUAGUAAUAAUUGUAUUAAAAUAGAUCUUCCAAUAUUUUUUAUGAACA